CUUUGUUGAAAGUAGAUUUGCAGUUGAGCAGAGAAAGAGAGGCGGUAACGUGCGCGUGAAAAAAAAAACAUGAAACGUCGAAUAGCAAGAAACUUUUGGAUUAUUUAAUCGAAAGUAAAAGUUCUUUAAUUACGAUUCCAAUUUGCAUCUGAUUAAUAAUCAUUACAACUUACAAUGUUGACGGGGGUGAUUGACGGUACCUUGUUGUGUUGCGAAGAUGAAAACUCUACUGUUGGACGUGUGCCUAUCGAGGAUGACGUUAUUCGAAGUCAUGCAAUGUCUUUAAUGUGGACUUCUUACGGUAUUAUAGUUCCAAUAAUAUUGACCAUCGGCAUUUUUGGUAAUGUGGCAAUCCUUAUCGUGCUGUCCAGUCCAAUGUUUCGCGGAAUCACAUACCUGUAUCUCAGCGGACUUGCGCUGGCGCACAUCGGUGUUACACUGUCUUGGAUCACAAUCACGCUGAGAUUAGGCUACGGUAUGAGCAAUAAUUAUCCAUCAGCUUUUUACCAUGCUCAUCUUGAACUCGUUGUUUUGAACGCCUUCUCGGCUGCCAGUGUUUUCAUCAUGGUCUGCUUAAUCGUGGAUCGAUACAUUUUUGUGUUCUUUCCGGCACGGAUUCGUACCGGAAGCGCGCGCAAAAAUGUCGGUUCUUCCAUACUUUCUUCUUUUAUAGCUGGUUUUAUGAUAAGUUGUCCAUUGUCAGUUAUGAGGAUGGUUUAUACGGAACAAGAUGGAUAUGAUGCCUCGUUUACGUUACGUGAAAACGUGUCUGUUACGCAGAAUGCGAUGUGGAGAAUGUAUAUUUGGACAAUGGAAACCAUAGUGCGGAUUUGCCCGUCGAUACUGUUUAUUAUACUAAAUAGCUUGGUCAUUAAAAGAUUUCUUCAGCUAAGCGUACAAAACCGACAAUUCCAUGCCGCUUCGGACAAGUUGCGGACUAAUAAUGCGCCUGAUACAUCGUUACUAUCUCGUAAUCGAGGAUACAGAGAGGAGCAGCAUUUAGCAAUAUUGACAACAACAAUGAUUCUGUGCUUUUUUGUAACGACGGUUCCUUCAAGUCUCACUCCGAUGUUGUACAUCAAUCACCAUCCAUUGGAUCUUAAUUAUCAAACUUUUCGUGUGUGUUCGGCAAUCGUUGAACUUAGCAAUUAUGCUAUUUAUAUUUUUAUAUAUCUCGUCUGCAGUACAGAGUUUCGAAGAGAAUUACUGCGCGUUCUACAAGGAAAAUGUAAUGAAAAUACAGGACGAGAUGUCGAUCAGCCGAUAGGUGAAAUCGAAGAUUACAGCCGGCAUGGUACAACGGUUCGACUAACGCCAGAACACACCAAAUUGAAUUCUCCGGAGUCCCCGAAUAAAGAAGCUAAAGCAGAAGAAAAUUUAUCAGAUGCUACUGCUUUUAUGCUAGAGCGCCAAGUUAUUGCAUAAUUACAUUACAUAUUCAAGAUCAUCCAGAUCAAAGAUCAAAGAACCAUUAUUAUGCAUCCAUAAUGUGAAAAUUGUAUGUAAUGGAAUUAAAUUAAUGUAUUGAAUAAUUAGUUUUAGUUAUAGUGCAG